AUGCGCGGAUACAUCCCCCUUCUUCUGGCUCUUUCUGCCUCUUGCACAACCGUUGCUGCGCUUCCCAAGCCCAGAAUGCAACUUCGCGACAGUGCAAGCAAGCCGAAAUACUCAGUUGUUCCUCUGGAGCCUGGCAAUGAUGAUCCCUCCUCAGAUGGCACUGGAGGCGAAGAUGGAAAUGGCGGCAGCGGCAGCGGCAGUGAAGAUGAGAAUGGAGGUGACGUCGUGACAGUCAUCCAAACAGUGGUUCAGACACGAAAACCCGUCACUCAGGUCAUCACGCAAACAGGGAAGCCUAGCAUCAUUACAGUGCCUGGAAAGACUAUCACCAAGGCUGUUCCCACUACUGUUUCCAUCAUCAACCUGGACGACCAGCCAGUUGUCACCCAGACAGUCACUAUUUCUCAUCCCAGCGCGUCCACGUCCAAAAAGUCAGGAAAGCCAACAGCCACAAAGGAGCCAGAAACUGCCGAAAGUCAAGCAGUGACGACAGCCCAGGAACCAUCCGAUUCUUUGACCUCUGCUGCUGCUCCGGGUGUGACCUCCCAGCCUCAGCCCAAUCCCCAACCACAACCUCAACCUCAGCCCGAGCCGGAGCCAGAACCAUCCACUAUUCAAAUCACCCAAACACCGUCUACACCUGAGACCCAAUCUGUCAUCAUUCAAACAGUCACCGUAACUCAGACAUCUUCAACAAGCGAAAGCUGGUUGGCGACUCAAGUCCCAGAGAGCACUGCAGCUCCUUCUUCAGACUCCCCAGUGGCACCUAUCCCACCUCAAGAAACCUUUGUCCCCAACCCUACCAGUAACGAGGAUGAAUCCUGGUCUUCUAUCACGACACCCUACGAGCCCCCAGUCGUGCCCACGACCCUUCUCACAUCUUGCAUCACUACCACAACUACCUCAGACUACCAACACGUCACCCCUGAGCCAGCCCCUUCUUUGAAGACACACGAUGAUGGAGCAUGGCAUACUACGUACCCGGCCUGGAACGGCAAUGAUCUGGCCAUGUGA